AUGCACGGCGACAUUAUAAAGACAUUGAAGGAGAACGGAUUCGAAUACACAUGGGGAAAUGUUACAGUUAAGCUUGCUGAAUCUUAUGGUUUCUGCUGGGGCGUAGAGCGUGCUGUUCAGAUUGCUUAUGAAGCCAGAAAACAAUUCCCGACUGAGAAGAUUUGGAUCACUAAUGAAAUCAUUCACAACCCCACCGUUAAUCAGAGGCUUGAAGAGAUGGAAGUGAAAAAUAUUCCUUUAGACAACGGCAAGAAACAAUUUGAUGUUGUUGACAAGGGCGAUGUUGUCGUACUGCCUGCUUUUGGAGCUGCUGUGGAUGAGAUGUUGGUUUUGAGUGAAAAGAAUGUCCAAAUAGUUGAUACAACUUGCCCAUGGGUAUCUAAGGUCUGGAAUACUGUCGAGAAGCACAAGAAGGGAGAAUAUACUUCAAUAAUCCAUGGUAAAUAUUCUCAUGAAGAGACUGUGGCUACUGCCUCUUUUGCAGGGAAGUAUAUCAUUGUAAAGAACAUGAAAGAGGCAACAUAUGUAUGUGAUUACAUUUUAGGUGGUGGACUUGAUGGAUCCAGCUCAACAAGAGAGGCAUUUUUGGAGAAAUUCAAAUAUGCAGUGUCUGAUGGAUUUGAUCCAGAGAAAGAUCUUGAAAAAGUUGGUAUUGCAAACCAAACUACAAUGUUAAAGGGGGAAACCGAGGAAAUUGGAAAAUUAGUUGAAAGAACCAUGAUGCAAAAGUUUGGAGUCGAAAAUAUCAACAGCCACUUCAUAAGUUUCAACACUAUAUGCGAUGCAACUCAAGAACGGCAAGAUGCCAUGUAUAAACUGGUUGAAGAAAAACUAGAUCUCAUGCUAGUUGUUGGCGGUUGGAACUCAAGCAACACAUCGCAUUUACAAGAAAUCGCAGAGGAACGCGGGAUUCCUUCAUAUUGGGUUGACAGUGAGAAAAGAAUAGGCCCAGGAAAUAAAGUUGCUUACAAGUUGAUGCAUGGUGAGUUGGUUGAGAAAGAGAACUGGCUGCCGGAGGGUCCCAUCAGAAUCGGUAUUACUUCCGGUGCAUCUACACCCGAUAAGGUCGUUGAAGAUGUUCUUGCAAAGGUCUUCGACAUCAAACGUGAAGAAUUACUGCAAGUGGCAUAA